UUUUUUAGUUAUGUAAAAAAUAAGGCUUCAAAAUACUCCAUAUAAUGAGUUAGGUUUUAUCAGUUGAUAGAGAGAUAAAUGACAGUCUUCCAUGGCUGAUUUCAAAUUUCUCAAACGAAAAACAUAAUAUCUUCAAACUCAUUUCUUUAAACAUGGAUUACCUAAAAUCCGUGGUUCCUUCACAACUCGUCUCGGAACGAGGCUCCAAUUUAAUCGUAAUCAAUGCAGGUUCGGGGAAUGUCAGAAUUGGCCUUGCUUCACAGGAUGCCCCUUUUAACAUUCCUCAUUGCAUUGCUCGUUAUACUAACCAAGUGCCCAAGAGAACUGUCCAAGAUCAGAUGCUUAAUUCUCAAAUCACUACUGCCCAGCACAUGGAGAGGGAAAGGGCUUAUGAUGUUGUUGCAUCGCAGUUGAAGAUCCCGUUUUUGGAUGAAGAGGUUGCCAACAAUUCCUUGCCGCGCAAGAUGGGACGGGUUGAUGGAUUUAAUCCCCAGAAUAGCAGGAAGGAUACUGCAUUUGAUUGGACAAAUGUACAUGAAAAGAAUGUUAAAUCUCCAGCAGGAGAAAGUUUGGUCAUUAAAGGUUCAGAUAAUGAGUCUGGGGAUCAAAAUGAAGGUGCUGAUGCUAAAGAACCUAGUUCAAGUGGACUUAAUUUUAAACAGUUCAUUAUUGGUGAGGAAGCACUUAAAAUAUCUCCAGCAGAGCCCUAUUGCUUACGUCGUCCUAUACGCAGGGGUCACUUUAAUAUUUCACAACAUUAUCCCAUGCAGCAGGUACUUGAGGACUUACUUCUAAUUUGGGAAUGGAUUUUGAUAGAGAAAUUGCAUAUUCCUCUAUCUGAAAGAAACAUGUAUUCUGCAAUUCUUGUUGUCCCAGAGACAUUUGAUAAUCGAGAGAUAAAGGAGAUUUUGUCUAUAGUCUUGCGAGACUUGCGUUUUAGCUCAGCAGUGGUGCACCAGGAAGGUUUAGCUGCUGUUUUUGGGAAUGGGUUAUCCACAGCAUGUGUUGUGAACAUAGGUUCUCAAGUGACGUCAGUUAUUUGUGUAGAGGAUGGCGUAGCUUUGCCCUCUACUGAGAAGACCUUGCCUUUUGGCGGAGAGGAUAUAUCAAGAUGUUUUCUUUGGACUCAAAGGCACCAUCAGACAUGGCCACAGAUACGUACAGAUGUUUUGUCAAAACCUAUAGACCUCUUGAUGCUUAACAGACUGAGAGAAUCAUAUUGUGAAAUUAGAGAAGGGGAACUUGAUGCUGUUGCUGUAGUUCAUUCUUAUGAAGCUGACACGACAGUUGGAUCUCAUAAGACAAGGCUAACUGCUCUCAAUGUCCCUCCAAUGGGUUUGUUUUACCCAAUGCUUUUGGUUCCAGAUGUGUAUCCUCCACCACCACGCUCCUGGUUCAAUGACUACGAGGAUAUGCUGGAAGAAACAUGGCAAAUGGAAUUUCCCAGAAGAAAUGAAAUGCAAGAUGGUUUUUACCCUGCUGUUCAUGCAGGUUUACCAAUGUGGGACAACUAUCCAGUUUUUGCCAACAAACCAAAGAAAGAAGAGAAAGUUGGCCUUGCAGAAGCUAUCACGAGUAGCAUUCUUUCAACUGGACGUAUAGAACUCCAAAAGAAGUUGUUUUCUAGCAUACAAUUGAUUGGUGGUGUGGCUUUGACUGGUGGUCUCAUUCCCACAGUGGAGGAGAGGGUCUUGCAUACAAUACCUCCAAAUGAGGCUAUUGAAGUUGUCGAGGUUUUGCCAUCAAGAACAAGUCCGAUGUUUGUAUCAUGGAAAGGUGGAGCGAUUCUUGGAAUUCUUGAUUUCGGUCGUGAGGCUUGGUUACACAGGGAGGAUUGGAUCAAGAAUGGAAUUCACAUUGGAAGUGGAAGAAAGUACAAGGACUCGUAUUUUCUUCAAGCACAAGCAAUGUGUUAUAUCAAUUCGUGAAAAGAACGCGACUAGUAGAAGUACAGUAGCUUCUCUUCUUAGAUAUUCAUAUUUUUAUCAAUCAAUUUUUAGAAUUGAGUGGCAAUAUCAUAGUCCCACAUCGAAGAGGAAGGCAAAAGACAAUGGAAAGUGGCGUAUAAAUAGAAGGGGUGUGCAUUAAUGUUACGUUUAAAAGGGUCAGUUGGCUAAAUAUGCCACGCUCACCCUAGUUUUGGUGGGUGCUGUAUGGCUAUCAAGACAUAUGGCUGACAUAAUUUGUGUAACCUUAUAGGGUUGGCUCGCCUUGGCCGACCCUCCUAAUUUUAUGCUAAUUAAUUUUAUGCUAA